AUGGCCAAAAAGAGAUCAAAAGAAAAUAUAGAAAAUGAAUCAUCUGAUGAAGAAAUAGAAAAGAAAAAAUUAAAAAGGGAUAAACAUGAAGAAAAAGAAUUAAAUAAAAAAGAAAAGAAAGAAAAGAAAGAAAAGAAAGAAAAGAAAGAAAAGAAAGAAAAGAAAGAAAAAAAAGAAAAGAAAGAAAAGAAAGAAAAGAAAGAAAAGAAAGAUGAAAAUGAUUUGGAUAAAGGCUGUUCAGAUAAAAGUAGAGAUAAUAAAGAAAUAAACAACGAGGAUAAAAAAGAUAAAAAAGAUAAAAAAGAUAAAAAAGAUGAACGCAAAGAAAACAAUGAAAAAAAAGAUAAAAAUGAAAAAAAAGAUAAUAUAGAAAUAAAAGAAUUAAACUCUGGUAAAUUAAAAGAAAAUGAACUUGAAGAUGAUAAUAAUAAUAAUAAUAAUAAUAAUAUAAAAUUAGAAAAAGAUAAUAAAUUUAAAGAAAAUGAAAACUUGGAAGAUAAUAAUGAAAAUGAUAAUAAUGAUAAUAAUGAUAAUAAUGAAAAGAUAAUAAAAGAAAUAUUAAUAUAUAAUAAUAAAGAAGAUAUGGAAAAGAUAGACUUUAAAAAGUUACCUUGGUUUGAAAGUAUUAAAGAGAAAUUUUCAAAUAUUAUAUGGUCAAAAAAUAUAAAUGAAUCACCAACUAUUCUUGUAAUUUUUGAAGAGGUAGAAUGUGAAUUCUUUGUAAAUAUGAUAACAUCAAUCUAUUAUCAAGAGUUAUCAAUAGCAUAUAACUCUACAUUAAGUAGUAAGAGGAUAAUAGUUGGAUUUGAUUUAGAGGGUACAAUACCAUAUUCUAUUCAAAUAUCAACAAAAACCGUAUCAGCUGUUAUAUACAUCAAAGCAAUGGGUAAAUUAACAGAUGGUUUAAUUAAAUUAUUAAAGGAUAAAAGUAUAAUUAAAGCAGGUACUGGUGUUAAAAGUGAUUUUGAACGUAUAUCAAAGAUAUUUCCAAGUGUAAAGAGUGAAUCAGCAUUGGAUGUUGGUUGUGUUGCAUUCAGAAGUGGUAUUACAAAUAAUUAUUUACCACUUGAAGUAUUGGCAAUUGAUUUACUUGGUUUAGGUAAAUAUAAUUUCCACCGUCAAUAUAAAGCAAAACCAAAUAAUCGUGAAGAUUGGAUAACUCAAACCAUCAAUGAUAUGGAUCAACAUAAAUAUGCAGCUAUAGACGCUUGGUUAGGUUAUAAAUUAGCUGAAACACUCUAUACAAAUCUAAAGAAUCAUUCAUCAUUCUAUGAUUGGUCAAAAUCAAAUCUAACUGGUAAUUUCCAAUUUCGUGAUCAUAAAGACUUUGAAAAAAUAGAAGAAUCAAUAGUUUUCGAUGAAAAUAAUCAAAUUAAUUAUUUCCCAUUUUCAAAGAUCCCUCCAAAAUUAAAUAAUACUGCCGUGGCAACAACAAAUUUUAAUCAAAUUCAAGAGUCAAAAGCUUCAUCAAAAAUAAAAAAUGCUGAAAAAUAUGAAAAAGCAAAUAAUCAUGAAAAUUUAUUAAAGUUACAAGAAAUUAAAAAAAAGAAUAAAAGACCUUUUAUUUAA